AUGUCACUUACGAACGAGUCCAUCUGGGCUGCGAGCCCCUCCACCGCCCGCGGCCAGCCCACGCAGCUUUCCUCCGAUGCCAAAGGCGAGCGAUUGGCCUAUGCUUCCAACAAAUCGAUCUUCCUGCGUUCAAUUGACGACCCCGCCGUCGCUAGGCAGUACACCGAGCACAAGGCCCAGACAACAGUUGCACGUUUCGCCCCAUCUGGUUUCUACGUUGCCAGUGGUGAUGCUGCUGGAAUUGUGAGAGUUUGGGACUGUGUCGGCGAAGGAAUCACGAAGGGCGAAUAUAGCAUUGUCAAUGGACGCAUCAAUGAUCUAGCCUGGGACGGUGACUCUCAGCGCAUAAUUGCUGUCGGUGAUGGCAAGCAGCGAUAUGGACACUGCAUCACCUGGGACAGUGGAAACACUGUUGGCGAGAUCCACGGCCACACGCAACAACUCAACACUGUGUCCAUUAGGCAACAGAGGCCUCUGCGUGCUGCCACUGCUGGCGACGACCGAAAGACGGUCUUCUACCACGGAGCGCCUUUCAAGUUCAACAUGGGAAUUGCCGACAAGCACUCCAACUACAUCUACGGAGUUCAAUUUAGUCCAGAUGGCUCGCACUUGGUCAGUGUUGGCGCAGACCGCAAGAUCUGGCUCUACGAUGGCAAGACCGGUGAGACCAAGGGCCAGGUUGGUGAAGGCGAACACAAUGGCAGUAUUUUUGGUGUCUCUUGGGCCAAGGACUCCCGAAAGUUCGUAACCGCAAGUGCCGAUCGGACUGUUAAGAUCUGGGAUGUCGAAGCUGGCAAGGCAACCCAGACCUGGACUUUGGGAGAGGAGGGUGCUAUGGCUGUUCGCGACCACCAGGUUGGCGUUGUUUGGCCCCCUGGAAGAAGCGAUGACUUGCUCAUUAGUUUGUCGCUCAGUGGCGACCUCAACUAUCUGGUCGAAGGUACUCCCAAGCCCCGCCAGGUUAUCUCUGGACACCAGAAGAGUAUCACCUCCUUGAACCAGACCACUGUGGACAAUAAGGAAACUCUUUGGACAGGUAGUUUCGACGGAAGAGUGUGCAAUUGGGACGUGGCCACCGGCACCGCCGAGGAGAUCGAGGGAGAGGGUCACCCCGGUUACGUUGCCGGGCUUGCGACGACAUCAGAGGGAUCUGGUAGAAUUUACAGUGUCGGCUGGGACGACACCAUCCGCUCUGUCGAUGUUGCCGCCAAGACCUACACCGGUAGCGCUUCGAAGCUUAACGGACAGCCAAAGGGCGUUGCGGCUGGUGACGUGACCGUCCUGGUCGGUGAGAGUGAAGCUGUCGAGAUCUUCCAGGAUGGGAAAAAGACUGGAGAAUAUAAGACCGACUUCCCUGCUACCACUGUCGCGGCGCACGGCUCCAUGGCAGCAGUCGGAGGCGAGAAUGGAUCAGUUCAGAUCUGUGCCAUCUCCAGCUCUCGACUUUCUCCCCGAGCGGACAUCAAUGCCUCUCGCAACCCGAUUUCUUCCCUUGCCUUCUCUCCAGAUGCCUCUCACCUGGCAGUCGGUGACUUGCGGGGACGUGUCCUGGUUUUCAAGGUCUCAGAUGGCAGUCUGGUUACUGACCGCUGGACAGCACACACCGCACGAAUCACAUCCCUUGCCUGGAACCCAGCGGGCACACACGUUGUGAGUGGAUCACUAGACACAAACAUCUUCGUUUGGAGCCUGGCCAAGCCUGGCGACUGGAUUGAGCUGCAGAAUGCUCACAAGGAAGGUGUUCAUGGAGUCGCUUGGGUCGAAGGAGGCGUGAAGAUCGUCUCUGUCGGUGCUGACGCUGCGGUGAAGAAGUGGAAAGUGGAAGGCCUGCAAUAG